AUGACGAGCUCUCCUUCUUACACUAAAUCAUUCAACUCCUCUACUUCAUCCCAUUCAUCCUCGCCUUCCCGACCCUCCAAACCAGUGACCUUCGCCUCCCUAUCCGAGCUUCAUCCCCUCAUUCUCGCCUAUCUCAAGCUCAUCUCCCCUCUCACCCUUCUGCCAGUGAACAAAUCACUCUAUGCCGAGCUCCUGCCAGCCAUCUACAGUGAAGUCAAGCUAAAUCGAUAUAGUGCCAACAGCCUAUUCUACGGGUAUUCAGCGUUAUCAAACUCGUUCUAUCGAAACAAAAGGUCUCGGUAUCUAUCGGAUUUUCCACUAAAAGGUAGACGAUCAAGAUCAUCACCUCCGGACGUCAUACCCCAACAAAAUGAUACAUCCAGGAAAUCAAAAGCUCUCAGUUUGACGAAGAAGGUGACAUUGGAAGAUGCAGAAAGUUUAAGUGUUAUAUGUCAAGUUCAUAUGGAGUUGUUAUCUUAUUCGCCUACUGUACCUCUAUCAAGAAGGAAGACAAUGCAGGAUCCAGAUUACGAUGUUGACCUUGAUCAUGGUCAUAAUCUUGGUCAUUCAUCCAAUUCGACGUCGGAACAUCCAUGGCCGUUGAAUAAUGUAGAGGUAUUGGAAGUCGGUUAUGAAUUGCUCGAAUAUCUAGUUGACUGUCAUUCGCCAGAAGACUUAGACCCGCAGAAACGAGGACAAGGACAUGAAAAAGGUAAAGGGAAAAGUAGAGAGAGAUUACCAAUUUGUUGUAUACCUUUCACACCCAGGGUACUUAUCAUUCACCUUCGACCCUUCGCCAGACCAACUGGGAUUGCCGAAAAGAUAGAAAGGGAACGGAAGAGAUAUUUGAGGUUGGCUAUUGGUGAAUUGGCUAGCGAAUUCGAUCAAUUGGAGAGAUUGGUUUUGCGAUUUGAUCUCGAUCAUCUCAAUGGAAAUGAAGAUAGAUCGGUACAGAUACAGGACGGAGAACAAGAAGGAGAACCAGAGUUAUAUAUACCACCAGUGGAAAAUCCAUUACCUGCUGCGGAGAUAGUAAUCAUGCUAUCCAGCUACUCAUUGCUCAAAUCAGUGGAGGAUCAUGAACAGGAAGUGAAGAGGUAUACGAGGGCUCUCAUCGACUUCUUGGAAGAUACAGGUCGGAGGAGUUUGAACCUCCCCAAUAUACAGAUCGCCAUACCAUCGGAUCAGGUACAGGAGGUACAGGACUCGGUAAAGAGGAUAAUUGAAGGAGGUUUCCCUCAGAGUGUAGGUAAGAGGGUGUUGGAACGUGCGAGCUUUGCAGAUCUUGACAUUGUCAAGAUCAAUGGAUCGGACAUUGAAAGAUCUACUAUACAAUAA